GACCGCGUACUGCACUAUUACAGCGAUCAAUCUACCACUUCCCGUGGAAUCUAUGGAAGUGUAAAAUACAUCUUUUCACCAACGGCGCUUGUCUAUCACCGUCAAAAUGUUGCGUUUAACGCCAUUUUAGGUUUAGUGCUGAUCAAACUGACUCGGUGUAAGGGUGUAUGGUACACGGAGACCAAGGUUGAGGUCUGAAGCAUCUUUCCUGAAGAAAGGGAAACAUUGAAAAGAGAUUUACGGUGGAAAAUAGUUGAGCGCCACGGACCAAGCAGGCCCAGGGCUGUAGGUAGCUAGACUGUGAAAGGGGGAGUCUGGACUCACACAAAACACUGUAACACCUACAUGAAAGAGAGUAGAAGGGACCAGAGGCGAUCGUGACAUUCCUAAGAGGAUUUGAAGGAGAGACUUUGACGUUGUUUGAUACGCAGAAAGGAGAAAAAAAGACUCUUUAACGAUGGGGAAGGUACUAUCAAAGAUCUUCGGAAAGAAGGACAUGAGAAUUCUCAUGCUGGGCUUGGAUGCAGCCGGCAAGACAACGGUGUUAUAUAAACUGAAGCUGGGCCAAUCAGUCACAACCAUCCCAACGGUGGGCUUCAACGUAGAAACAGUCACAUUCAAAAAUGUCAAAUUCAAUGUAUGGGAUGUUGGUGGUCAAGAUAAAAUUCGGCCUCUAUGGAGGCAUUAUUACACAGGAACACAGGGGUUGAUCUUCGUAGUAGACUGCGCCGACAGGGAUAGGAUAGACGAAGCAAGGCAAGAGCUCCAUCGGAUAAUCAACGAUAGGGAAAUGAAAGAAGCUAUCAUCCUCAUCUUCGCCAAUAAACAAGACCUUCCAGAUGCCAUGAAGCCCAUCGAAGUCCAAGAAAGACUAGGCCUCACCAAGAUCAGGGACAGGAACUGGUUCGUUCAGCCUGCCUGCGCGACGUCAGGCGAGGGCCUUCUAGAAGGGUUAACAUGGCUAACCUCUAAUAAUAAACCCUGAUCUGAUGCAACACAAAUAUAUAUAUCAACAAAAAAAACAAGAAAAACUAAAGUCUGCCUACUUUUUCUUAGCCUAGCUUCCAGCAGGAGGAUAUAUUCCUUCGCAUUCUCUUCCCUAUUGUACAGUCUAGCUUUUCGUUGCACCGCCCUCGCUAGUCAAAGGAUGUUUUUGGAAAGACUUCAACAUGUUUUGCUAGUCGGGGGUAAUCGGUAGCGACAAAUAGCUAAAGGGGUGUGAGAUUGUGAGAAAAAAAUGAUCUUCUUGUAUGGAAACUAGGCUAACUAUACCUUCUUGUAAUCUUAUAUAAAUAAAGACAAUUUUUUAAUAAAAAGAUUUGUUUAUACUUAGAUGAUUCAGUAGAGUUAAUUCUCAGAAAAAUGAAUUUUUGUUGUUGUUACAAUGUGUAUAUUAAUGCUCAAGAUACUGUUUGCCUGUAUGUACAAAUCUCCCAUAUUGGUUUUGGAAAAGAGUUUCAAUGUAAGGCCUGUUUACACAUGGUGUGUCCGUUCAAGCGAUUUCUUUUAAGUUUCAGCGAAUGUCAAUUGGGGAUGAAGCACAGUGCAGUAGGCAACAAUGGUAUUACAUGUACGGACUACCUAUCUGUGUGUUAAACGAUGCGGGAAUGUGACAAGCUUGGCGCGCACUAUACGAUCCAUCUGUAUGAUCUGACUUUGAAAGAAUUUGUGAUAGCAAAUGUUAUGAACGUUCACACAUGUAAAAUCUUACUGAGUGAGGCUCUCAUAUCAUUGAUGAACUCAACAUUUCAAGGGAUUUCAGGCUCCCUUGGACGGGAAAUGCUAAAUGGCGUAGAAUCAUACAAACGUCAAACUCGCUAUUGGCUACGAUUUGACGCAGUUUUGGUUUUAUUCCGACUUGAAAUGAUACACACAAAUUCCAAGUUGAUUGUUUGGCACCUAAAUCAGAAAGGAGAUAAUACAAUUCUAAUUUCUACAAGAAAUUGAUUUGCAGUUGGAUCGUAUAGUUUGCGUUGAGCUUUACUGAAAAAACACAAUUCUGCCGGGUUUACAGAGUUGCAUGUGAACUAGUCUUGUGAUGAUUUUGCAGAGGUUUAUUGUAAUCGGACCUACCUUGCAGUGCCUAUGUUGCAAUAAAACCAUACAUUUUCUCAAUAGAGUACCGUAGUGUGAUGUCAUACUGGCUAAGUUGUCAAGGUUGCUGGUUCCAAACAAUUUUGUGCUAAACAAUGGUGUGGUGAUCACACCAGCCUCAAACAGUAAAUCGGCCC